UACUCGAAACAGUACGCGUUCGACGACGCCAAACGCCACAAUCCGUUCGUUCUGUGGUAGUUCUUUCAGUACCCAGUUCAAAUUGGAAAAAACGGGCCCCCUCACGGUACUGCGUACGAAAUCGUUGGUGCUCCGAUCGGAUUACGACAAUUGGUUUGUUCUGUGCCCCUUUUUCGACACCGAGAAUUUUGGGAGUUUGUGGUGUUGUGUUCGACCAUUAGGAUACUGUUUUUUCUCUCCCGUUGUUUUUUUGGGUCGAGGAACGAGGAUUCCGAUACUUGUUCCCUUGAACUGCGAUUUUGAAUCGGUGGUACCAUGAAGGCGAGCACCUAGAGCCCCACACCCCGAAACGAUGGCGCUGAAACUCAGAAAGGACAUAAAAAAGUCGUCGUACUACGUGUGGUUCCUCGGCGCCAAAGAGUCGAAGGGCCUGCGAGGCACCGAGUACAUCCUCCCGGUCAUCAAGCACCUGGAGGAGCGCGAGAAGGAUGUGGAGCCGUUCAAGGUGACCCUCCAGGUGUCGCACAAGGGCCUCAAGAUCGUCCAGAACAUAGUGUCGCAGGGCCCGAAGAAUUCCAAGCCCAAAAACGAGACCAUCAAGCACUUCAUCCCCCACAACACCAUAACCUGCGUGUACCAGCACGAGGACAUCAUCGCCUGCAUCCUCUUGCUGUUCAAUCCGGUGACCAAGUGUCCGCUGCACGUGCACGCCUACAGAUGCGACAGCCUGGAGACGGCCACGGUGCUCAAGCAGCAGCUGCAGACGCUGAUUGAGCGGCCGGAGAACCAGAAGAAGUUCGCCGAAAUCGAGGGACGGCUGAAGCCGCAGAAGGAGCACAAGAAGGUGGAGAGCUCGGUGGGCAGCGACACCGGGACCAGCACGCGCGAGAGCGAGUCCAGCGAGGAGCGGUUCGCCGUCGAGACCACCCGCAUCACCACACUGUACGACUCGGUGGCGGCGGAGCUGCGCGAGAAGCUGGGCAAGAAGAACUCGCCCAUUUUGUUGCCGCCGAGGGAUUACGACACGGUGCACAGGCAGAAGGGGAACUUGACGGGCAUUGAGCUGAGGAGGUGCCUGAAUGCCAACAUUGUGGGGCAGAAUGUGAAGGGCAGGAGGCUGGAGAGUAGCGGAGGAAGUUCCGGGAUAGGGUCGGAUCAUCCGCCCAGUCCGGACUCGCCGGACGCCCCCGAUACUAGGUUUAACACUUUGGACAACCAAAGCACCAGUGACGAAGAUUGGAACGGCGACCCGGCCGAGUCCACCCUGUAUCUGAUGCACGGGCCCCCGUCCCAAGUCACGUUGCAACGUCAAAGGACUUCUGAGCCAAGAGACAAGUCCCCGGAGGUACACAGGUUCUCCCGGUACGCCGAGCCGCAGGAGGACAAGUUCAGGAAGGUGAAGGAGUCCAGGGAGGACCACUUCUCCUUCAGCGACAACAACAUCACCAAGUACUUGGAGAAGCCCAUCGCCAAGUACUCCAACAACAACUACUUGGAACGUCAGAAGAGCUUGGAGAAGGAAAAGCAGCUGGGCAAAAGCUUCGAGCGGGUGGACAGGCAAAAAAGCCUCGACUCUGACGACAAGUACUACGACAACGACCGCUACUACGACAGGUACGACCGGUACGACGACCGGAAGUACCAGAAGGAGGAGCUGAGACGCACGGACAAGGACAAGCCGAUGAAGUACUUCGAGGACGACGGCUUCGACGAGAACAUCAGGUACAGGAGCAAGUCCACUGACCGCUCGAACCAGCGGUACUCGUACGAGGACGAGGAGUUUUACGACGACCGAAGAUACAAGGAGCCGCCAGUCCCUAAGACGAGGCAAAAGUACGCCAACGAAGACAACAAUAAGUACUCAAGGUACUAUCAAGAGCCUAAGACGAAGUUCGUGCCCGACGACCCGAGGUACUAUGAACCGGAGAAGCCCAGAAGCAAGUCCAGAUCAGACAGGGAUGAGAAGUCAGUCAGGUCAUCCCAGGAUUACUUCGAGGAGUCGACUAUAAGAAGGCCAGCUCAGUACAGGCAAAGAAGUCCUUCACCGGAAGAGAGCAAGGCCCCCCGGGACAGAUUCAAGGACGCCAAGGAGAAGUUCCUGUUGAUGGAACGGGAACGACAGGAGCUGGAAAAGAGGAGGCCGGAGCCUCCUUUGUCCCCGUCCCACAACAGCAAGGACAAAAGUUUUAUCAAAAGGCAUGACAGUUUGGCCUACAACAACAAUAACAACAACAAAGACAGAUACGACGACAGGUACGAGGACAGCCACCCAAAACCGGCCCCCAGGAACAUCCCAGACGAAGUACGGUACAGAAGGGACCGCGACAGGGACGUGCCGCUCGAAAGGUACAGGAACACGGACAAGUUCGACCCCAAGAGACGUUCGAUGUUCUCCCUGAUCGAGGAGGAGCACAGGAAAAACUCCUCGGAGAUAGCCAAGGAGCUGAAACGUAGGUCGUACUUGGAGAGCAGCCAGUACGACGACGACUACAACGGCUACAACCGCGAGCGCGACUCCAGACACUAUCAGGACGACGACCGAUACAAUUCCAUGGACUCGUACUCGAAAUCCACCGCCGACUUGGACAAGGUCACCGAGAUGAAGUUCCAGAAGAACCAGAAGCUGAAGAACGCCGCCGGCUACCGGCACAGCUACGCGGAACCGAAGCUGAGGCUGGAGAAGAGCGGCGGCAAGAAGCACUUCGCCGAGAUGUUGCACAGGACGAACAGCUCCGUGUCGAACAACGGCCGCGUCGGCAUCGCCAGCGUCCAUCCCUAUUGAACUGAUCUGUGGGAUUUUGCGAAUGGGAAAUUGUGUACAGAUCGUUUUGGGGGGCGGAUUUGAUCAUGUCCGGCUAAAGUUGGUUAGCCGGAUUUUAUGACUUUGUGACUAGUGACGAAAUUUGUACAUACAUAAUUCAUAAUUCUUUAACACUGUGUUGUAGUACACGUCAUUAAAAAUAGUUUAAGCGAGGAAUUAUUUACGGUAAUAACGAUUGACCAGCAUUAUGUUAAGACGUUUAGGCAUUUUUAAGUAUUGCUCAUCCAUGUCUUUUAACUUUAGUUAUUAUAAUUACUGCUUUUUUUGUUGAUUUUAGUCAGAAAUUUGAGUCCACGACGAUAUAUUUUAUGUAUAAACAGAAACUAAUUACGAAAAAAAGUUAUUUAUUUUUUUAUAUGUGCCUUUUUAU